AUGGCUUCUAUUGACAACCUCAAAACUUUUGAUCCAUUCGCUGACACUGGUGACGAGGCGUUGCCUACUGCGCUCCACGAUGUCCACAUCCGAUGCCAGCAGCGCAACGGCCGCAAGACUAUCACUACCGUCGAGGGUAUCCCCUCCGAGUACGACUUGAAGCGUAUUCUGAAGACCCUUAAGAAGGAUUUCGGUUGCAACGGCCAUAUCAACAAGGACACUGACCACGGUGAGAUCCUGCAGUUCCAGGGCGACCAGCGCCAGAAGAUCCAGGAGUUCCUGAUUGAGGCUCUCCAGAUCAAGAAGGAGCAGAUCAAGAUCCACGGUUUCUAA